AAACGAAAUGUGUGUGAUCGGUUGCACGCUGGUACGCGUAUAUGGAACAUGGUCUGGACAGAUGAAACGUUCAGUAACGCACUGUAGUCUCGUGUGGUAACUACCGGUCGGUGAGCGCUGUUUGAAAAUUGGAGAAAACAAAACAAAAAAACACGAUGAGCGUAAAGGUGGAAUCACUAACGAACGAAGUGUUCUCGGCACCGGUUGUGGAUAGAAAAAUGAUCACCGUUCGUCCCAUCCCGGAAUGUCUUAAACGCAAAGCGGCGGAAGAACUGAACGAAAAGGAAAGCAUCAUAGCAGAGGAGCUGGAAAUGUUAAAGAUCUGGAUCAGACAAUCCGGACACAUCCGUGGUCGGAUGGAGGAACAGUUUUUGCUUGGAUUUUUACGCUCCUGCAAGCACAGCAUGGAACGGGUGAAGCAAAAGCUCGACACGUACUACACGAUUCGAUCCGUACUGCCGGAGGUAAUGCGGAACCGUGAUCCACUCGAUCCGUUCUUGCGGAAAGUCAUCAAAAUGGGUGUAACGGUGCCACUACCUAAAACCGUUAACCCAGACGAUCCAAAGAUCAUUCUUAUACGAGGCGAUGCGUUCGAUGGAGAGGUGUGUGACUUCCCCGACAUUCUAAAGGUGUUUACGAUGAUCGGUGACCUACUGCUGCGGGAUGACGAUCAGAUGAUGAUCUGCGGCCAGGCAGCAAUCAUCGAUCUGGGCCAUUCUUCUAGCAGCCAUCUGUUUAACUUCAACCUUUCGUUCCUGCGCAAAGCGUCCAUCCUGAACCAGCAGGCGUCGCCCCUCCGGCAGAAGGGGUUCCACUUUAUCAACACACCGAAAAGCUUCGACAUCGUGCUGAACAUCUUCAAGGGACUGAUGACGGAAAAGAAUCGUAAGCGUACGAUUGUAUCGCACGGUUACAGUCUAGAGUCGCUGCACAAGUACUUCCCCAAGUCUGUACUUCCGGCAGAGCUCGGUGGAGAUCUCGGACCGGUACAACAGUUUGUGGACGACUGGGAACAGAAGCUCAUAGACAACCGGACGUACCUGAUCGAGGAGGAAUCGCUCGGUGUGGACGAAGGCCGACGAAGAACCACAAACCCACUAGCGGAAGAGAAAGAUCUGUUCGGGACGGCAGGAACGUUCCGGAAGCUAGAGUUCGAUUGAAUGACUGUGCUUUGUGCUAUGACACUGAUUUGUAUCAUAAAAUAUUUCCCCUUAAUAUUGUUGCCAAGUGUGCAGAAAGAUUCUCGAGCUUUAUUAUCAGUUUCAAAAGAGGAAUAAUUGCUUACAUUUGCUUUGAUUUAAUAAGUACAUUGAUAAGAUAAACAUAUCGGUAAUUAAUGUAAUAAUGUAAUAUAACAAUCAAAUAAGAGUAUAACUCUUAUAGGUUAGGAAUAAAAUCGAUGGUGUUUCAAAUUAA